AUGUCCCAACAUUUCCGAAACCCGGGGGAAGGAAGAUCUGCUGAUGAAAUCGGCCCAUUUCGGGGAGCAAAAAAGAAGAAUUAUGGUACUGAACAUAACAGGUUGGACACGGACUAUUUCAAAAAGAUUCUUUUUGGCACUUUGAAGCUACCAAGGACCAUCCAAGAAGCUGCUAAGGAUAUCUCCAAAGAAUCUUCUGCUCCAUUUUACCAGUCGAAGGACUUACACUCUUUCCUCCGGGAGGAGGUUCGCCAAAACUGCCUUUCCCGAGCUUCGGAAUAUAGAAAUUUCCAAGUGUCAGGAAUGUGCUACUCCAUCCCAUCUUUCUCUCUCUCAAAUUUCAUCGCAAUUAUUGCCGUCUUACCGGACUCUGUUUUCCGCAUACUGAUCUAUCUCCUCUUCCAGAUUUUAUAUUUAAGGAGGGAGGCUUCAAAAGUCAUUGAAGAGCUUUCCAACAGAAAGUUGAAAGGAAAUCUGCUGUCAUCACUUAACGGGCCAAAUUCAAAUCUUCCGGACAGCUCAGGAAGACCAUUCUCACCAUCAUUUUCUAGCCAGUCUGGUGCUGGUUCUCCUGUUUUUCAUCACACUGGAAAUAUUCAGGCACUGCAUAAUACUCAUGGGAAUUUCAAUGUUCCCAAUAUGCCAGGAGCCCUUGGAUCAAGAAACACCACCAUGAAUAGCGUUCCCUCUAGUGGCUUGCAACAAGCUGGCGGAAUUUUUUCUAGUGGACGCUUUGCAUCAAAUAACCUUCCAGUUGCUCUUUCUCAGAUAUCUCACAGUGGUGCACAUGUUCAUUCAGGGAUAACGAAUAGAGGUGCUAUGAAUAUUGUCGGAAACCAAGGGUAUAACAAUAGCACUAAUGGCGUUGGUGGUUCAAUCCCCGGUAUUUUUCCAUCCUCUGCGGCAGUCGGUAACCGAACCACUAUGCCUGGUGUUGGUGUGAAUCCAGUUCUUGGAAACUCGGGUCCACGGAUUACAAGUUCAAUGGGGAAUAUAGUUGGUGGGGCCAACAUGAGCAGAAAUAUUAGCUCAGGUGGCGGAUUAUCUGUACCUAGUCUUGCUUCUCGCCUAAAUUUAGCUACCAAUGGUGCCUCUGGAAAUUUAAAUGUGCAGGGACAAAAUAGGCUGAUGGGUGGUGUACUCCAACAAGCUUCUCCACAGGUAUUAUCCAUGUUAGGCAAUUCCUAUCCUACUGCUGGCAGUCCUUUAUCUCAAAACCAUGUUCAACCUGUAAAUAACCUUACUAGUAUGGGUUUAAUGAAUGAUCUGAAUUCAAAUGAUGGUGCCCCUUUCGAUAUCAACGAUUUCCCUCAGUUGACUAGUCGUCCCAGUUCUUCUGGAGGCCCACAAGGACAACAUGGUUCGUUGCGGAAACAGGGUCUUGCUCCUAUUAUUCAACAAAAUCAAGAGUUCAGCAUUCAAAAUGAAGAUUUUCCAGCCUUACCUGGAUUUAAAGGUGGUAAUGUUGAUUUCUCUAUGGACUUGCACCAGAAAGAACAACCUCAUGAUAGCUCUGUUUCUAUGAUGCGGCCUCAAAAUUUUUCUAUGGGGAGAUCUGCUGGUUUUAAUAUGGGUGCAACAUAUUCAUCACAUCGACUACAGCAGCAGCAACCACACACUCCAUCAGGAAGUGGUGGUGGGCCCUUUUCGAAUGUGAAUAACCAAGAUCUGCUCCAUUUACAUGGCUCUGAAAUGUUUCCAUCGUCACAUUCCAACUUUCACUCACAGAGCAGUGGACCUCCUGGGUUAGGAUUGCGACCUCUGAAUACGCCGACUUUACUAUCUGAUAUAGGGCCAUAUGACCAGGUUUUACAGCAAUACCAACAGCAUCAGAAUCGAACACCAUUUCGUCUCCAACAAAUGUCUGCUAUUGGUCAGCCUUUUCGGGAUCAAGGGGUGAAGCCUAUACAGGCUGCCCAGGCCACAUCAGAUCCAUUUGGUUUGCGUGGUUUGUUAAGUGUGAUAAGAAUGAGUGAUCCAGAUUUGACAUCUCUUGCACUUGGAAUUGACCUAACGACACUUGGAUUGAACUUGAAUUCUAGUGAAAAUCUCCACAAGACGUUUGGUUCCCCAUGGUCAGAUGAGCCUGCCAAGGGAGAUCCUGAGUACACUGUGCCACAAUGUUAUUAUAACAAACAACCACCGCCUCUAAGUCAAGCAUACUUCUCGAAGUUCCAACUGAACACACUAUUCUAUAUUUUUUAUAGUAUGCCAAGGGAUGAAGCCCAAUUAUACGCGGCAAAUGAAAUGUAUAAUAGAGGCUGGUUUUAUCAUAGGGAGCAUCGAUUGUGGUUCACAAGAGUUGCUAACAUGGAGCCUCUUGUAAAAACAAAUGCAUACGAGAGAGGUUCUUAUAUCUGCUUUGAUCCUAACACGUGGGAGACAGUUCACAAGGAUAAUUUUGUUCUCCACUAUGACAUGUUGGAAAAGAGACCAGUUCUACCUCAACAUUGACAUUCAUGCUCACCAUGUAAAUCUUCAGGUGGAACCUUUUUUAAGAGUAGAGGUAGCUUGAUUUUAUUUCUACUGUGCAGUCAGCCAUUGUAAUCAAUCAUUGCAGCUCUGUCAUCUUUCUAUUAGCUUUCUUAGUUCUGUACAAUUUGCAUGGUAAUAUCACGAUACGAAAUGGAGCAUUUUCUUUUAUUGUGCAUCUUUUCAGUUCUGUAGUCUCUUUGCAGUUCAUGAUGUCAUUCCAUUUUCUGAUUAUCAACCCUCUGCAUGUAUUCUAAUGUUUCACCUACUUUUCAGAUUUAAUCUGAAGUGCUAUUGCCUAUACUUGUUUAUAUUUUUCAAAAUAAGUCAACGUGACAGUCCAC